CCAACUAUGGGACGCCGUGUUAGGAGUGAAAAUUGGUUCCCGAGAGCUCUUACUGCUGGUUUCCCCUCCCUGUAUUUGUGGAGGGAACUUUCUGAGGCUCACAUGGCUGCUUCGGUGUCAGAGCCUGCCUAGCAGGCUGCAGUAACAGGACACUGCCAGAACCCUGGCACUGGUGUAAACCAGGUGUGGAAGUCUGACCAAAGGGUUCUGCGGGAAUACUGUCCUUGCGUGGCUCGUGCUGUUCUGGGUCAGACAGAGGGCUUGGGGGACCCAUGGCAGCUGACAGCUCGGCUUUGUUCUUCCCUCCUGACAGCUCAGUAUCUUUUUUUUUUUUUUCCUCUUUGUGUGCAUAUGGGGGGAUUUCUUUGUGAAACAUUGUUGAGUUUGUGUUCAACUCCCUAAAUCCUCGUGUACUGUUGUGAAGAACUUUGGGUACUUCUUGAUAAUUUCAUAAAGUUAUUGCUGGAAACGUGAUAUACCCUCAGUGUUUUCUUGUUGAUGAUCAAGCUGUUAUCUUUAACGUAAAGCACAAAAAUCAAAUUCAAAAUGUCAUUCUCAGAACUGUAAUACCUUGAACCUUUGUUAGAUUCCUCCCAUGCUAUUCUUGUCAGUUUCAAACCCUAGUAAUAUUUCAGGUGCUUAGAGCAAAUGAUAAAAUAUAUGAAUGUAUUUUGUUACUGGAGAUGGGUUAAGGUGUGACAAGAUUUGUGUCAACCCUGAGAACCGAGGAUGUUUACAGCCAGUGCAGAGAGGGAGAAUGGUGUGUGUACACACAUGGAAUUAAGGUACAAGUCAGAGGUCUUAGGCUGAUUGUGUCCUGCCCUGUUUGCUGUGAGCUUUACAAGCCUAUUGCUCCUCCAGUGGCUGUUGGAACGUAGAUAAUUUCACAGGGGGUGAUUCACGGGAAGGUUGUAGCUGAUAAGUGCAUUCCUGCUGCUCUGACAUCCGGCUACGUGACAGCACCAGCUUCAUGUUGAACAUGAGCCUUGUUAUGAUCAGUGAGAAUGUAAAGCUGGCCCGUGAAUAUGCCUUACUGGGAAACUAUGACUCUGCAAUGGUCUACUAUCAGGGAGUUCUUGACCAGAUAAAUAAAUACCUCUGCUCUGUCAGAGAUGCGUACCUGCAGCAGAAAUGGCAACAGGUUUGGCAGGAGAUAAGUGUGGAAGCCAAGCACGUGAAAGAUAUAAUGAAAACAUUAGAGAGUUUUAAACUAGACAGUACUCCACUGAAAGCUUCACAACAAGAAUUACCGGCUCAUGAUGCAGAAGUCUGGUCUUUGCCAGUACCUGCUGAACGAAGACCUUCACCAGGACCCAGGAAGCGUCAGUCCGCUCAAUACAGUGACUGCAGAGGUCACAAUAAUCGUAUAAGUGCAGCUGUUAGAGGCCCUCACCGUCCAUCUUCUCGAAAUCCCAACGAUAAAGGAAAGGCAGUGCGCGGCCGGGAAAAGAAGGAUCAGCAAAAUAAAGGAAAAGAGGAGAAGAACAAAUCCACGUCUGAAAUUUCAGAGUCUGAACCAAAGAAAUUUGAUAGUACUGGAUACGAUAAAGAUUUAGUAGAAGCUUUGGAAAGAGAUAUAAUUUCUCAAAAUCCCAACAUUCGAUGGGAUGACAUUGCUGAUUUAGUAGAAGCUAAAAAACUGCUCAAGGAAGCUGUAGUUUUACCAAUGUGGAUGCCGGAGUUUUUUAAGGGAAUUAGAAGACCAUGGAAGGGUGUGUUGAUGGUUGGUCCUCCUGGUACUGGAAAGACCCUUCUGGCAAAAGCUGUAGCAACUGAAUGCAAGACUACUUUUUUCAAUGUUUCUUCUUCCACACUUACCUCAAAAUACAGGGGAGAAUCUGAGAAACUUGUUCGUUUGCUCUUUGAAAUGGCUCGAUUUUAUGCCCCGACAACCAUAUUUAUUGAUGAAAUAGACUCUAUCUGUAGUCGACGGGGAACUUCAGAAGAGCAUGAGGCUAGCCGACGCGUGAAAGCAGAACUGCUAGUUCAAAUGGAUGGUGUUGGAGGAGCCACUGAAAAUGAUGAUCCUUCUAAAAUGGUCAUGGUACUUGCAGCUACUAAUUUUCCAUGGGAUAUUGAUGAAGCCCUAAGAAGGAGACUAGAAAAGAGAAUUUACAUUCCUUUACCAUCAGCAAAAGGUAGAGAGGAACUCCUAAGAAUAAAUCUGCGGGAGCUGGAACUGGCUGAUGAUGUUGACCUUGCAAAUAUAGCUGAGAAAAUGGAGGGUUAUUCAGGUGCAGACAUUACCAACGUAUGCAGAGAUGCAUCGCUGAUGGCUAUGAGAAGGCGCAUUGAAGGCUUGACACCAGAAGAGAUAAGAAAUCUUUCUCGAGAUGAAAUGCACAUGCCAACAACGAUGGAAGACUUUGAAAUAGCUUUAAAGAAGGUUUCUAAGUCUGUAUCUGCUGCGGACAUUGAGAAAUACGAGAAAUGGAUAGUUGAAUUUGGGUCAUGCUGAGUUGUCUUAUCUUGAAGCCAUCUUACAUCUGAAAACAGCUUCAGAAGUAAUCAGUGUGUCAGUGCACUGCAUGCUCUUUUUAACUUUUGUAAUUUAAGAGCAACAGAUAUCUAAAUAAAUACUUUUUUAAAAUGCAGAUUCUCUCUAG